AUGUUCAUAGUUAAAACUUGAUGAUACAUUGUGAGAUGAUACAUAAAAAUGUUAGCCUUAUAUUUCAUUCUACUCGUAUGCGUGCCUCUAGGUGUCAUCAUGACCUUUACGAGUCCUCGACUAGCUAUUACUGUGGCCGUCACUAAGCCGGCGGUCUUAGUAAUACAAAAUUCCAAUAAUACCCUUACAUCUCCUCGAGUAAUUACUUCUCAGCCACUGGAUCACGAUGACUUACUCCUUCGUCAAGCUUCUAAAGUCGACCUAAACCCUUCACCCAAAUUUCCCAAAAAACUCGCUUUCAUGUUCUUAACAACUAACUCUCUUCCAUUUGCACCGCUUUGGGAGCUUUUUUUCAACCAAAGCUCUGAUCAUAAGUCUCUUUACAAUGUCUACGUCCAUGUAGACCCGACUCAAAAACACGAACCGGGUUCUUACGGCACGUUUCAUAACCGGAUCAUACCUUCCUCAAAACCGGCUUACCGGCACACCCCAACACUUAUCUCAGCCGCACGUCGUUUACUAGCUCAUGCGCUUCUCGAUGACCCGUCUAAUUACAUGUUUAUCCUUCUCUCCCCUUCUUGCAUUCCUUUGCACUCCUUUAACUUCACUUACAAGACACUAGUCUCAUCCACAAAGAGCUUCAUCGAGAUUCUUAAAGACGAACCAGGGUGGUACGAAAGGUGGGCAGCGCGUGGACCCUACGCGAUGUUCCCCGAGGUACCACCCGAGGAGUUUCGAAUCGGCUCACAGUUCUGGACAUUGACACGAGCACAUGCGCAGUUAGUGGUGAGUGACGUGGAGAUAUGGUCCAAGUUUAACAAGUCUUGCGUAAGAAAAGACAUAUGUUACCCCGAGGAACAUUACUUCCCUACUCUCCUCCACAUGCGAGACCCACAAGGGUGUGUAUCCGCUACGGUCACGCACGUUGAUUGGAGCGUCAACGAACAUGGUCAUCCUCGGACGUAUAAACCGUCGGAGGUUAGGGCUGAGCUUAUACAAAAGCUGCGAAGUGCACGGCUUAGGUAUGGGGACGGCAACCGAACGAGGAAAGAUCCAUUUCUUUUCGCUCGGAAAUUUUCUCCGGCCGGGAUCAGUCAGUUGAUGAACAUAACUCGAAAUGUCAUCUUUAACGAUUUGGCUCUCGUGUAAAGUAUAGAAUACGUUGUUUAUGUUUAGACUUUAGGGGACUUGAUUUGGUUUCAUUUUAAGAUUUUUCUUAUGUUUAAACAUGUAUGCGUGGAUGUUCAAUUAGUGUUAUAUAUGAAAAGAUUCCAAUAAUGUUA